AUGUGCUACAUCACGAUCCACCGAACCCUCUGCGACGUGUGCCACGAAGUACUAGAAUAUCGCAAAUCCAUCGAUGAAAAAUGCUACAGCAAGCUCAAGACCGACCGUUGCAACAUCCAAGAUCCCCCCAGCAUGAGAGUGAAACAUGUGGACUCCAGCAACUGCCUUGCCUGUGAGGCCAGGCGUGCCAGCGUUGAGGCUGCCAGGAAAGCCGAGAGGGAGAGAAGGGAGCUAAAACGACAAAUGGAGGUAGUGGAACAGAUGGAGGCAGACAAGAUCAAGAGGGAAGGAGUCAAAGCGGAAUCGAUGACGACAGAAGACAUAAUUAAAGAAGAGGAGGAAGCGAUGGAGGCUGUGUACAAGAAGGCCGCGGAUGCUAAGGUGGCGCGGGAGAAGAACGGCAGGGUUGAGGAAUGGAUUGAUGAGGUGCUAGAGUUGAAGAGGAAGCCUGGGGGAAACAAGGAAUGA